AACGCUGGAUAAUGUAUGGUUUUAUCUCCCUUUCUUUAAACAUAGGUCUGGAAUUCCAGGAAAGCUACCAGCAGCAGUUGCUGCGAGAGGCCAGUGCUACCUCUGUUGUCCUUCUCCUCCUUCUCUUAUGAUGAUGGACUAUUCCUGCUUCCUCCGAGUAGCCGCGAAAUUCAGUCGGCUGCAGCACAUACCAUUUUGUUAAGGAAGGGGGCUCAGUGGUAGCGGGAAAGUAUUUGUAGGCAGAUGGCCGCAUUUGGCUUUCGUGACCUGCGUACGUGGACCAUUGGUAAACACACACUCCAAAUCCUUGGCCGGCAACGUAGACUCAAUGGCUCUGAACCCCUUUCCUUGGGGCUGACAUGGUAUCUCCCACUCCACGAUUGGAGGGAAAGCCCGCGAAGUUCCAGAUCACGUGAUCCUUUUGGCGCGGAAUUCUUCCCCUUUCUCUCUUCUUGGUAGAAUAACCACAAGUAGCGGGUUGUUCCGGCGGCCAAAGCCGGGUUGCAUCGCGCUGGUUUGAGGGAAGGUGUGCGAGCUUCUUCAGAUUCUCCAAGAAAUGUCCUCGCCAGCGUCUACCCCGAGCCGCCGCGGCAGUAAGCGCCACAGAGGCAGAGCUGGUCCAGCCAGCAGUGGCACCAAUCCUCCUACCCCUCGUAGUGAAGAUGUACAAUCUCCUCCUUCACAGAGGCGUCGCACAGAUGACUCCACAUCCACAGGAGAUUUGCAACCAAUGCCAACUUCUCCGCCAAUUGACGCACAAAGCCCAAAUGUUCAGGAUGCUCUGUUUUCCAGUCCACCACAACUCCAACAUUCAGUUCCACUUGACUUUGAUGUUAGUUCACCACUGACCUAUGGGACUCCCAGUUCUAGAGUGGAAGGAACCCCAGGGAGUGGUGUGCGAGGAACUCCAAUCAGACAGAGAGCUGACCUUGGCUCUGUACGCAAAGCCAGACAGGUGGAUCUGCAUUCAGAUGUGCCUACAGCAGAGGAUGCAUUAGCAAGUGAACAGUCUCUUGGACAAAAGCUUGUGAUCUGGGGAACAGAUGUCAAUGUGGCUUCAUGCAAAGAAAAGUUCCAGAGAUUUCUCCAGCGUUUUAUUGAUCCAAUGGCUAAAGAAGAUGAAAAUAUUGGCUUGGAUCUUAAUGAGCCUCUGUAUAUGCAGCGACUGGAGGAGAUAAACUUGGUUGGGGAGCCAUUUCUGAAUGUAAACUGUGACCAUCUAAAAUCAUUUGAUGAAAAUCUUUACAGACAGUUGAUGUGCUAUCCUCAGGAAGUUAUUCCAACAUUUGAUAUGGCUGCUAAUGAAAUUUUCUUUGAUCGUUACCCUGACUCGGUAUUGGAACACCAAAUUCAAGUAAGACCAUACAAUGCAGUAAAGACAAGAAACAUGAGGAGCCUGAACCCAGAAGAUAUUGACCAGCUCAUCACUAUAAAUGGUAUGGUGAUCAGAAGCUCCCAAUUAAUACCAGAAAUGCAAGAAGCUUUCUUCAAGUGCCAGGUCUGUGCUUUCACAACAAGAGUAGAAAUUGACCGAGGCAGGAUUGCCGAACCAUCAGCAUGCAAGAACUGUAACACCACGCAUAGUAUGGCUUUGAUUCACAAUCGCUCUAUGUUCUCAGAUAAACAGAUGAUCAAACUGCAGGAGUCCCCAGAAGAUAUGCCUGCUGGCCAGACACCAUAUACUACAGUUCUUUUUGCUCACAAUGACCUAGUUGAUAAGGUUCAGCCUGGUGACAGAGUUAAUAUUACAGGUAUCUACAGAGCCGUCCCUGUUCGUGUCAUUCCAAGGAUGAGCAGUGUCAGAUCUGUCUAUAAGACUCACAUUGAUGUUAUUCAUUAUUGCAAAACGGACUCAAAACGUUUGCAUGAAGAAACAGAACAGAAAAUGUUUACAGAGGAACGUGAGAAAAUGCUUCAAGAGCUUUCCAGAAAGCCAGAUAUUUAUGACAGGCUUUCUUCAGCACUUGCUCCAAGUAUUUAUGAGCAUGAAGAUAUUAAAAAGGGCAUUCUCCUUCAGCUAUUUGGAGGAUCAAGGAAAGAUUUCAGUCAUACCGGGAGAGGCAAUUUUCGUGCUGAGAUCAACAUUCUACUUUGUGGAGAUCCUGGUACCAGCAAAUCACAGUUGCUGCAUUAUGUUUAUAGCUUGGUUCCAAGAGGCCAAUAUACAUCUGGGAAAGGGUCUAGUGCUGUUGGUCUUACAGCAUAUGUGAUGAAGGAUCCUGAAACCCGACAGUUAGUUCUGCAGACAGGAGCCUUGGUUCUCAGUGACAAUGGCAUUUGCUGUAUUGAUGAGUUUGAUAAAAUGAAUGAGAGCACAAGAUCAGUGCUUCAUGAAGUCAUGGAACAACAAACACUUUCUAUAGCUAAGGCUGGAAUUAUUUGUCAACUGAAUGCUCGUACCUCCAUUCUGGCAGCAGCUAAUCCUAUAGAAUCCCAGUGGAAUCCAAAGAAAACUACCAUUGAAAACAUUCAACUUUCUCAUACAUUGUUAUCUAGGUUUGAUCUCAUUUUCCUUAUGCUGGACCCUAGAGAUGAGGCAUAUGACAGACGUCUGGCUCAUCACUUGGUUGCAUUAUACUAUCAAACUGCAGAGCAGGUGGAAGAGGAGUACAUGGACAUGGCAGUAUUAAGAGAUUACCUGGCUUAUGCUCGUAGUUAUAUCAGUCCAAGACUGAGUGAAGAAGCAAGUCAAGCUCUUAUUGAGGCAUAUGUGGACAUGAGGAAGAUUGGAAGUGGUAGAGGAAUGGUCUCGGCAUAUCCUCGACAGCUGGAGUCUUUGAUUCGUCUUGCAGAAGCUCAUGCUAAAGUGCGCUUCUCCAGCAAAGUGGAAACGAUAGACGUAGAGGAAGCAAAACGUCUUCACCGGGAGGCUCUGAAACAGUCUGCUACUGAUCCAAGGACAGGAAUUGUGGAUAUAUCUAUUCUCACUACAGGCAUGAGUGCGACUGCUCGUAAACGCAAGGAAGAAUUGGCUCAGGCUUUGAAGAAGCUUAUUCAAUCUAAGGGUAGAACACCAAGUUUAAGAUACCAACAGCUCUUUGAUGAUCUUCGUGCACAAUCUGAAAUGGCUAUCACGAAGGACAUGUUUGAAGAAGCACUUCAUGCACUGGCUGAUGAUGACUUCUUGACUGUGACUGGAAAGACAGUUAGACUGCUCUGAAAAAAAACCCCACAAUAAUGGAAUUGUUAAACUUUCUUCUUGCUAUAAUUUGGCUUCAGUAGAAAAUGUUUAUGUAAUUUAAGACCAUUAUUUGUUAGAUUGGCACUGCACCAGUAGACCGCCAAUAUCAGCAUUGUAAAUUACUAUCAGUAUCUUAAAUUUUAAAGACUGAUUCUUUGAGCACAGUGGAUUAUCACUUGUGGGCACUAUUGUCUCAAAUAUAUAUUGAACUGAGCUUUAUACACUUAAUACUGAACUUUAAAGACUCAUAAUGGAGUGCAAUUUCAUAUUAAUGCAAAUUCAAAGUUUGCCUCUUGGCUGCAGGAUUACUUCUACAUGUUAGAUAAAAAUUUUAUAAAAUCCAAAUUACUCAUGUACUCUGUCAGAUAUUCCAAGAUCUGAAAUAAAUAAACUUAUUUUGGUGAA